AUGACAGAGAAACAAAUCCGUGAUUAUCAACGGGCUCAAUGCAUUGCAUUGAGAAGAGCUGGUAUGUCAUAUCGUGCCAUAGCUGAAGAUGCUGAUGUUUCGCGGGCUUCAUUACAACGUUCUUUGGAACGAUAUGAUGAAACAGGCGGUUUUCAAGAUCGUUCUCGGUCCGGCAGACCGAAAAAACUCAAUGAUUGUAAUAUUCGUAUGCUAAAACAUUUGGUUCAAGAUGAUGCUAAUCGAAGUUCAUCAGGGGAAUUAAUGCUUAAAUUGA